AUGUCUGGUAACAGCGAAUCACCAGAGUCAUGUCAAUCGAUAAAUAAAGGCGAAGCGAGCGAAGCAAGGGAUGCCUUAGCUAAGGUAUGUAACCAUGACUGUAAAUGUAUAAACAGGAGCAUAACAACUGAAAUCGAAGGUAUUAAAUUAGAUCAUAGCAAUUUUGGAAGGCAAAUUAUUACCCGAAGUAAUUUCCCAAAAUGCGUGGAACACUAACUUACUUAAAGCCAAACAAGCAAAUGUGGAAGCCAUCAUACAGCAUCAAGAAGAAAUGAUUCAUAAACUUAGCGAGGAGAAUUCAGUUUUUAAAUCGAAACUUGUGUCGCUUGAAAAUCUAGUAUUUGGAUUAACAGGUAAAAACCAAGAGAACAAUGAUCGUGGACCGGCAACUAAUUCAACUAAUACUCCAAGCGUAACGACACCCAUUAGCGGUGUGAAACUGCAUAAUGUAAACACAAACAAUUCAAGUCCAAUUAAUAGUCCAUCAGCAGUCAAAUCGCCACUUAAUAUGAACAACAAAGUUUUUAAAUCGAAACUCGUGUCCUUGAAAAUCUAG